AUGUAAGUAAUAAGUAUCCUGCUCUUUUCACAGGGAUCUAAAACUGGACAAUAUUCUUCUGGACGCAGAAGGCCAUUGUAAAUUGGCUGACUUUGGGAUGUGUAAGGAGGGAAUUCUAAAUGGUGUCACUACAACAACGUUCUGUGGUACCCCCGACUACAUUGCUCCUGAGAUAUUACAGGAAUUAGAAUAUGGGCCCUCUGUUGAUUGGUGGGCGCUAGGUGUCCUGAUGUAUGAGAUGAUGGCAGGUCAACCUCCUUUUGAAGCUGACAAUGAAGAUGACCUCUUUGAAUCCAUCCUUCACGAUGACGUUCUGUACCCAGUCUGG